AUGGGACACAUGCGUGUAUCUUUCCAGAAAAUCCUUGGUGACCUGCAAGCUGAGGAGGACAAGGUGAACCCCCUGACCAAGACCAACAGCAAGCUCAGCCCCGAGAUCCACAAGAACUGCAAGCGGGAGGCCGAGCUGCUGCAGCUGUGGUGGGAGCCGGAGGUGGCGGUCCUGCAGAGUGCCGCGGCAGCCUCCAGAAUGCACAGGAAGCACACGGACUCCGUGGCCGAGCUAAUCGAGCACGUGGAGAAGCUGCAGAGGGUGCUGUCCAAGCUGGAGAAGGACAAGCAGGGCAUGAAGGCCGAGAUCAACGCCAGUGUGGAGACCACGGAGAAGUCCAAGGCCCGCAGCGCGGCCGUGGUGAGUCUCGCCAACACCAAGCGUGCCCCGGACCUGCUGAAGGAGCAGCUGGAGGAGCAGCAGGGCGGCAAGUUCCCGGCCCCUCAGGACCUGGAGAAGACAGUGCACGAGCUGGGUGAUGCCGAGGAGUGGGCGGGCACGGCGGAGACUGCCCUCAGCAAGCUGCGCUCCAGACACCACACAGUGGACAAGGGCAUCACCUCCGUGGGGACCACCCAGGUGCCCGAGACGGGCUCCUCCAAGACGCCGUCUGAGGAGUGA